AUGUCACAAAGUCAAUUUAAGUUUGAACGUAAAUCGGGCGGUGUAUCAAGAAAAUUAAAACAAGCAGGAAACGUAUCUAAAAUUCGAGAAUUUGAAUUGGAAAAGAUAGAUUUGGUCGAGACGUUUGAUAUUGUUCAAAUUGUCGGCGAAGGAUGGUUCGGGAAAAUAUUACUGGUCGAACACCGUGGCACGGAUAACGAGAUGGUGCUGAAAUCGCUGCCCAAAAAUUACACGAACGUUAAAGAUUUCUAUCGAGAAUUCCAUUUCAGUUAUCACUUGAGCGCACACCGUAACAUUGUGUCCACGUUCGACGUGGCCUUCCAGACGGCAAGUUUUUACGUGUUCGCCCAAGAGUACGCGCCAUUGGGCGACCUCACAUCCAACAUAUCCGACACCGGAAUCGGAGAGUUGCACAGUAAAAGCGUCGCGAAACAGUUGGUUUCUGCUAUCCAGUAUAUCCACAGUUAUGACCUAGUCCACAGAGACAUCAAACUAGACAACAUUUUAGUUUUUAAGAGUGAUUUCUCGAGAAUAAAACUAUGUGACUUUGGUGAGACAAGAAAAAACGGCAACUGGGUAACCCGUCGAAACGAAUGGAUCCCUUACAUGCCUCCCGAAAUCCUAGCCAUAGACGCCGAACACAAAUACAAAGUAGAAACUUCACACGAUGUUUGGCAGUUUGCAGUAGUGCUGUUCGUGUGUUUGACCGGGUGUUUGCCGUGGCAGAAAGCCAGUUCCGAAGACCCGAGGUUCGUUAGUUAUGUUUAUUGGGUGUCCAGCAACGGUAUAAUGAGCCCAUUCAGGAGGCCUAAACUGUUCAAGAUGCUGACGUCCAAUGCGCAAAGAAUGUUUCGAAAGUUCCUACAACCCAAUGUACAGACCAGGCCUAGUGUCUUGGACGAAGUGCAAAAUUUUAUUGACGAACGGUGGCUAUCAAAAUACAUGUUAGACAAAAGUAAAGGUAAUAUUACAUUGUUUCUUAUUCCAUGGUGA